AUGGAAACAGAGUACUCUGCCCCUAAAUUUCAUCCUUCAGUUGCAAAAACAGAGGUCCUAUCAUCUAAUAAGCACGAGGCAAUGGGAAAUGAGUGGUUGGAAACAGGGAAUUGUCCUAUCGCCAAAUCAUUUGACUGUUUUGCGAAGACUAUGCCGCAGCCACUAUAUUCAAAGAUGCCUGUUAUUGGAGCUUUGGUUAGGCUUACUGUAGUUCAUGAUGCAGUUCCCUUCAUAGAAAUGUUGAGGAAAUCAGUUGUGAUGCCCAAAACAGCUAUGGCAUUAACCAUUGUUGCUUCUAUCUUGGGACAGGUCAUUGGCUCAAGAGCAGAGAGACUUCAGAUGAAAGCAAAAGUCAACAACAACAAAGCAUACCGAGUGUAGUCCCACAAAGUGAGAUUUAGAGAGGGUAGAGUAUACGCAAAGAAUGUUAUUUAUAGAUCCUCGACUCAAUCUGAGAGUUCAAUUGGCAGUACAGACUGUUUCCAGGUGUAUGGGGUUAUUGCAGGUCUCAACUCAAUUUAAGUUAAUGACAUCUUCAGGGUUCAUUGUGGCAACCAGGAGCUGCUUGAGUACUGAUCUCACCCAAACACAUUUUUAUAAAAUAACAAUCUAUUUACUUUCGCUAAAUUGAAAAUUUUACGUUAUUGGAUUAUUAAUGUUCUUGUUGGGAAAU